GCCCCCCCGCCAUGAUGUCCUACCUGAAGCAGCCACACUUCGGGGGCGUCCCCGGGCUGGGCCUGGAGCUGCUGCCCCCCCCCGUGGGGUACCCGGGCCCGCCCCGGAAGCAGCGGCGCGAGCGCACCACCUUCACGCGCGCGCAGCUGGAGGUGCUGGAGGCGCUGUUCGCCAAGACCAGGUACCCCGACAUCUUCAUGAGGGAGGAGGUGGCGCUCAAGAUCAACCUGCCCGAGUCACGUGUGCAGGUGUGGUUCAAGAACCGCCGCGCCAAAUGCCGCCAGCAGCAAGCCCAGGGCUCGGGCCCCCCCAAACCUCGCCCACCCCCCAAAAAGAAACCCUCCCCCCCCCGCGACCCCCCUCAGGACCCCCCAGCGCCCCCCCCGGGCCCCUUCACGCCCCCUCCCCACCCCCCCAGCGCCCCCCCCGUGUCCAUCUGGAGCCCGGCCGCUCUGAGCCCCCUGCCCGACCCCUCGGCGGGGCUGGGGGCUCCCCCCCCUUUCCGCCCCUUCCCCACCUCGGGGGGCUUCACCCAGGGGGGCUACCCCGCCUACUUCGGGGGGGGGGCGGCGGGCGGGGGGCUCGACCCUUACCUGUCCCCGCUGCCCCCUCCCCAGCUGGGCGGGCUCAGCCCCCUGGGACCCCCGCCCGCCUUGGCCGCGUCCCCCGCGGGCUUCGGGGCGACCCCCGGGGGCUUCGGGGCGACCCCCGGGGGCUUCGGGGCGACCCCCGGGCUGGGCUUCGGGGCGGGGGGCGAGUGCCUGGAGCUGAAGGAGGCGGGGGGCGCCUGGAAGGUGAAUUUGGGGCUGGGGGAGUGCCUGGAGCUGAAGGAGCAGAGCGGGUGGAAGUUCCAGGUCUUGUAAAUUUGGGGGGG